AUGUCCUCUCCUUCCACCAGCAGUCUUUUGUCUGCCUUUUCACCCUUUGCGAACCUUCCUGGCUCCCCACAUUCGGGUCAGAGCAUAAGUGAAAUUCGUAACUCUAUGAUGUCGUCUACUCAAGAAGCCCACUCCUACCUCUCGGCUCCAUCACCCAAUCCAAGCAAUAAUGGCAGUAACGAAACUUACAUCGAUCCCUCCCCAGUUGCACCGUCUUCAAAUGGGACUGAAUUUGCGGAUCUGGAUGAGGCUUUGGAACAUCAGAAGGAAAUUCCAAGUGAAGCCAAGCGCGUGGUUCGGAGUCACCCACCUACUCUACGGCAGCCGGAGCUUACUAUCAAAACGUCGACACCUGCAAGACUUGUACCGUCUCGGUCGAGAUCUGAUGAGGACGAACCUCCUCAAUCUGUCAUACACGCUCCGCCAGGGUUCGCAGAAUUUGCCAGGAGUACGGAACAGGCCAAGACCCGUUCCAGUCCGUCACCUUCGCUACGGUCAGAUACCACUGUUAGAUCGCCAGUCGCUGCCCAGGCCAAUGGAGAAUCAUUGAAACAAGCGACAGGCCCCACUUCACCGCCAGCGUUGACUACCACUAUCCAGCCGGUUAAGGAUUGGUCCGAAAGAGCCACCCCUCGUGCUCAGACACGAUUGGAAGUAGAUUCAUUUGACAAAAAGCCACUCGAGACAAGUCUUGAAGACAUCCCUGAAGGUCCCUAUGAUAUUGAAGCAGGUCUAGGAGCCGGCGAAGAGGAGCUUGGCGCCAUUCAGAAAACCAUUGGACAAUUCAAAGACACGGCAGAGGAGAUUGAAGCUUUGAGGACAGCACUCGCCGAGUGUUGGACGUUAUGCAAUACUCUAGCAAGCUUGAGCUACAUUCACCGGGAGCGGAUAUUCAACUUCGCUGGCAAGGGUGACCUCCAAGAGUAUGCAUGGAAGUCAUGUUGGAAGCUUUGCCAAAAGCUAUACGACAGCCGGGACGAUGAUACGACCAGUCAUGUCAGGCCAACGCUCGACCUCUGUCGAGACUUUUGUCAAGCCUUGUUCGACGUAAGGGUCAGAGAGAACGAAGGUGCAGACUCUGUCCUGCGAGUCAGCUUUGAGCUCAACAACCAUCUAUACAACACUCACGACAGGCAUUUGCCCGAGGCAUUUCGAGAACGGACACUAGACUUUUACAUCACUCUUUGCCACCGAUUGAUGAAGCAGAAAUCGCGACUAGCCGAGGAGACGGAUUCAUUAUUGCGUGCCUGCUGGUCGCUUGCAGAAAUGCUAUUCAGUCUCCGUCAGAACAAGAGGGAGGGGAAAGAUCCAGACGAAGAGCUUCUUGGCUCCGCCGUCCAGGCAUGUUGGGAGUUGUGUGACCUGUUUCGAGAAGGAUGGACACAGAUUCGACCUGAUCGCGGCACACCUCGACCCAGCCAGACCACAUUCACGCAAGCUUUCCAGCAAGCGCAGCAGUUUGGCUUCAUCCCAACAGUUGGCAAUAACGGGCAGCGUGGUUUGCCCGAAACACCGACCACGAUAUUCGAAGAUACCGUCAACUUGUCCCCAGAUGAGGCACCAACCCCCAAUAUCCUCAUCCUGGCCGCUGGCCAUCAGGAACAGCAGCAGCAGCAGCCCUCCUCUCACUCAACUGCCCACUCACAAGACUCCUCACAGACCCGCCGACCGCCCCACAACAAAUGGUCCUCCUCGUCCUCCACGCUCUCUGCCUCAUCGCGCAACUCAUCCCUGAGCAACGUCUCUUCCGCUCACACCAUCACCAGUCCUUCCGUCAACGCUAAUGCCAUCGUCGAGGACCCAAAUUUCACCCUCCUCAAACUCCUCUUCGUCAAAGCGGCUCAAAACUCUGGCUUCCAGCGCUCUGGACCGCUCACCCUCCCUACGUUCACCAAAUCCAUGCCCUCGGACUCGUUCGGCAGCCUUACCUGGCAGGUCAACCUUCUCGAACACUACAAGAAAGCCGUGCUAGCAGAUGCGAACGGAUUUAGGGAGAUUGGUCCGCCGAUGAGGGCGGGGGCUGUUUAUGUCGCGCGAGCGGUGGCGGCAAUGGUGCAGACGGGGUAUUAUGGGUGGUUGAGGGAUCUGUAUCGUUUGGUAUUUGGCUUCUAUAUCGAGGAGGCAGGAACUAGGAAAGGGGUUGCGGUACAAACAUGA